AUGUCGCAGGAAGGAGCCGCCAAGCUGCGCCUCAAACCCAGGAAGGCGCCGACAGAGCCCAGGCCGGGCCAGGAGCCUCGCGGGCGGCGCCAGACAGUGACUGACAACUGUUGCUGGUUUGAAAAAGAAGWCUUAAGUGAAUGUGAAAAAACAUGGAUAUUACUAGUAGAAGCUGUCAAUCCAGAUUUAAAAUGCACCACUUGGCAAACAGUGUGCAACUUUCCAGAGUUCUUGCAAAAGAGUUCAGAAGAAGAAAACCUGCAACAAUCAGAAGUCUUUAAAAUUGGAAUGAAAGAUUUCCAAUGGAUAUCAUUUCCAACUUUUCACAAAAAAAAACAUCCAAACCCAGAAGAUCUUAGCUCCUCUCAGAUAACAGAAAGCCAAACCAACCAUUUACUUGAAGUCUACAGCCAAGCAGAUGAACCAGAAAGCUUAUCUUCCACAGCAGAGAAAGCAUGCUAUGUAACUUUUAAAGACCACACCAAAAAUACGGUUGGGGAGAGCUCAAAAGUUAUUUCAAAACUGGAUGCAAAUCCUCAGUCAUGUAAACUCAGCCAACAUAAGUAUUCUAUGUACCAUGUGGCCUCAGCACAAAGCUCUGCAAAGCUUCUUGGCUUUCCCCAGCCCUGCAGAAGGACUACACAGAACAGCAGAGAGAAAGAAAACGGCAGCAGCAUGUCCCAAGCACGAACACAUGAAGGCAGCAUUUCAUUUGGUGAGGCCACAUCUAUACCUGCAGAAAGGAACUCCCUUCUUGUCAGCAUGCCUGGAACUAAAAGCUGUAAUAGAAAGACCAAAGAUCACAGCGAAGGAGCUUUAGCUCUUGACAGCUGUCCAAUAUGUCUGAUGCAGUUUAAUGGAAUGCUGUCACAAUUGGAUAUUGAUGGUCAUCUUGCUAGAUGCUUGUCUGAAAGCGCAGACGAUGUAGUGUGGUAAAACCAAAGGAAUGAAGAGCGAAGACACAUGCCCCAGGAUGAGCCUUUCUCAAAGGAAAAACUGUGCCAAGGAAAUACAUCCAUGUCUUAAACUUUCCUAAGGAUUGCAAACCAAACCAAUGCUUCCAAAAAGGAAAAUGAAAAUAAUCAUAACAGUAACAGUUAAGCAUAGUAACAGUUAAACAUACAUUUGAGAAAAGCACUUUUUCCCCAUCACGGUCAAUAAUUAUUUAUAGUGAUAGUUUAGUAAUAACAAAUAGAAGGGAAGGAGGGAAAAAAAAAGUAGGUUGUUCAUUUGCCUCAAGUAUUCACUUCCCAGGCUACUAAACAAGUUGGCUUAUUCAUGUAAUACAUCAAGUCUCAGGUCACAGCCU